AUGCUUCUCAAAGCAUUAUGCAUUAUCAAUGCAUUGAUUAUUGGCAUCAUCAAUGCAGACAUUCUGUCUGAUCCAAACUACCGGAUUUUCAGAGAUAUAUCCGCUAUCAGACAAAGAAGCUUCGAGCGUCCGGUGAAAAAUGUAUCAACAACGGAAUUGCCAACAUACUAUGAAACUAAUUAUAACAUUUCCCGACGUGUUAAAAGGCAAGCGUGUGCAUCUAGUUGUGCUCCACUGGAGAAAGCUACAACUCCUGCAUAUGAAGGUCUUAUUGCUACAGAGAACUUUUACAUUACCUACAGCACUGACGGUUCUGGAUGCCCGAUUGCAGAUUUGACAUGUGUUGGAGGAGACAUGGCUACACUUGAUUAUUUGGAUCAAAAUGGAGAUAUAAUUACGCUGGGCGACGGUGGUGAUGAUUACAAUAUUUUGGAAGCACAGCUGAAAUGUUUUGCAUUCGGAUGGGGUGCCGCUACGGCUACAGAAGUUAUUGAUGGAAACAGUUUGAACUGUAAUGUACUCACCGACAUUCCUGUAACAACAACAACGUCGACAACGUCGUCGACAACUACAACAACAGCAACCAGUACAACUGAGUCCACAAGCACUUCGACUGAUUCUACUACAACCGAGUCUACCACAGAAUCAACUACGGAGUCUACUAGCACAUCCACUGAUUCUACUACAACCGAGUCUACCACAGAAUCAACUACGGAGUCUACCAGCACAUCCACCGAUUCUACCACGACCGAGUCGACAAGCACUUCCACUGAUUCUACUACAACCGAAUCAACCACAGAAUCAACUACGGAGUCUACCAGCACAUCCACUGAUUCUACCACGACCGAGUCUACCAGCACUUCCACUGAUUCUACUACAACCGAGUCUACCACAGAAUCAACUACGGAGUCUACCAGCACAUCCACUGAAUCUACUACAACCGAGUCUACCACAGAAUCAACUACGGAGUCUACCAGCACUUCCACUGAUUCUACUACAACCGAGUCGACAAGCACUUCCACUGAUUCUACUACAACCGAGUCUACCACAGAAUCAACUACGGAGUCUACCAGCACAUCCACGGAUUCUACCACGACCGAGUCUACCAGCACUUCCACUGAUUCUACUACAACCGAGUCUACCACAGAAUCAACUACGGAGUCUACUAGCACAUCCACUGAUUCUACCACGACUGAGUCAACAACAGAAUCAACUACGGAGUCUACCAGCACAUCCACCGAUUCUACUACAACCGAGUCUACCACAGAAUCAACUACGGAGUCUACCAGCACUUCCACUGAUUCUACUACAACCGAGUCUACCACUGAAUCAACUACGGAGUCUACCAGCACAUCCACUGAUUCUACUACAACCGAGUCAACAACAGAAUCAACUACGGAGUCUACCAGCACAUCCACUGAUUCUACCACGACCGAGUCUACCACUGAAUCAACUACGGAGUCUACCAGCACAUCCACUGAUUCUACUACAACCGAGUCUACCACAGAAUCAACUACGGAGUCAACCAGCACAUCCACUGAUUCUACCACGACUGAGUCAACAAGCACAUCCACUGAUUCCACCACGACCGAGUCGACGAGCACUUCGACUGAUUCUACCACAACUGAAGUUACUACUACUGCGUCUGACUCUUCAACGACAGUGCCAAGAACUGCAUGCUGUCCAUCUGGAGGUUUCUGGAGUGAAUGGACUGCUGACGCUCCUUGCGCUACAACAUGUGGAUCUUGUUCACAACAAGUCUACAGACGUGUUUGCCUUACUGAAGCUGAUUGUGGAGCAUGCACGGGAGCUGAUGUCAAGAUCCAAAAUUGCAAUGUCGGAGUCUGCUACUUCCCUCUUGAUUCUUGCUGUGCUGGCUAUACCGCUACUGUUUCCGGAACUCUUCAUAUUUGUGGCCCACAGCCAACUACAACAACUCCAGCCCCCAACGAUGAGACAUGCUGUCCUCUUGAUGGUAUUUGGGGUGCUUGGGGAGAAUGGUCGGUAUGCACCGGUACAACUUGCGGCAACUGUGGCGGUUCUCGUACUCGCACAAGAGUAUGUGCAUCGGAUUCCUUCUGCUCGUGCAACGGCGACACCACCGAAUCUGAAAACUGUAGAUUAUUGAGCAGCUGGUCAGAAUGGACGACAACUGGAACAUGUAAUCAAACGGCGUGUGGUACUUGCCAAACGUUGACCUACACCAGAACUUGCUUGAAGACCAAUGGAUGUUUCUGUAUGGGAAGCGCUACCAAGACGGAUUACUGUAGCAGAAAACCUUGUGCAACAGGAACGGCUUGCUGUAACAGCCUCACCGCGCAAACUGUCGACGGAGUUUCUAUCUGUGGACCUGUGGAAGCUGCUGAAGAUGAGACCGAUCCAGUUCCAUGUACAACUACUACACCAGCUUGUUGCGUGCUCGGAGGCGUUUGGUCUGAAUGGUCAUCUGGAGAUGCUUGUAACGAUACCUGUGGUAAUUGUGGAGUGACAACUUUGUCUAGAGUUUGUCUCUCGCAAGACUAUAAUUGUGCAUGCAGUGGAAGCACUACAAAACAAUCUGAAUGUGCUCCUGCUCCGUGCCCGUUCCCAAGAACUUCUUGUUGUGGAGCUAGAAAGAAGGUUAUUGUUGGAAGAACGUUCGAAUGUUCUAGUGCCGAUGACUCUGACGCCGCACCAUCAACCCUGUGUGCAGUUGAUUGCUGUCCGGCUGCCGGAGGAUACUGGUCAGAGUGGACCACCGGAGGCUCUUGCCCAACAACUUGUGGAUCUUGCUCUACAGUAACUCAGAAACGUGUCUGCAUGUCGCCGUCGACUUGUCCUUGCCAAGGAGUCUCGUCUCGAUCUGUGAACUGUGGUAUCACAGUCUGCUACUUCCCCGAUGAUUCGUGCUGUGCCGGAUAUUCGGCAACCGUCAGUGGAACACAACAUAUCUGUGGACCACAGCCCAACUACACUACUCCAUACGCUCCUUACGACCCGACCUGCACAGACAAUUGCUGUCCGGAAACUGGAAUCUGGUCUGAUUGGACAUCAACUCCGAACCAAUGCAGAGAUUAUUGUGGAUCAUGCGGUAACCAGACUAGAACAAGAACUUGCACAUCGGAUGCUGAUGGAUGUCCUUGCCAAGGACCAACUACGAUCACAGAGCCUUGCGGAACUGGUGUCUGCUAUUUCCCAAGAUUAAGUUGCUGUCCUGGAUACACAGCCACUGUGGAAGGAAACCAACAUAUCUGUGGACCUUUGACAACUGCCGUUGCCGAUCCAGAUAAGCUGAACACUUGUGGAGUAUCGUGCUGUCCAUCUGCAGGAAUCUGGGGAGAAUGGGUCAGCGUUAGUGGGUGCAACGACACUUGCGGAUCGUGUGGACAAGAAACUCGUAAGAGAAAGUGUCUGUCUCUUCAAUACGGAUGCGCGUGCACAGGUAAUGCCACUGACACAAGCGUCUGUGCCUCAAGUGUCUGUCUCUUCCCAAGAACAUCCUGCUGUACUGGAUUCAAGAAAAUGGUUAACAUCACUGGUCGUACAUUCUACUGUGGACCGCUUCCUGUUGUGCCAGCAUUCAAUCCUGAGCAGACUACUUGCUGUGAUCCUGAGAAAACUGGACUUUGGAACGACUGGGGCGCCUGGACUACUUGCAGUGCCACUUGUGGAGGAUGUGGAACACAGACUAGAAGCCGAACAUGCGCAUCAGCUCCAUACGGUUGCCCUUGCACAGGAGAUCUGACUGAAACCCAAUCGUGCGCAAAACAAGUUUGCACAACUGGCGCUCAGUGCUGCGCUGGCAAGUUCGUGGCCACCGGAUACGACGGUGCACAAUACUGCCAGGACAACACGCCGGAAGUGUGCACGGGAACCUGGACAGAAUGGGCAACGCUGGAAGGAGCUGUGUGCAAUGAUACUUGCGGAAAUUGUGGAAUAAUACCAACGUCCCGUUAUUGCUUCCCAUCGGGCUGUCAGUGCAGCGGAGCCUACACCGGAACUCAAGCAUGCGCCAACUCGGUCUGUCUCUUCCCAAGAACUUCUUGCUGUGCUCCAUACAAGAAGAAGAUUGUUGGCAAGACAUUCGCGUGCGCCUAAAAAAUUAAUUCUCAUGUAGACCACCCAAACCGACUUAGCCCAAACUUCACCAUCUAGUGUUUGAACAUGAAGAUUGCAUUUGAAAAAUGUCUUGUAUGUACUUA